AUGGUCAUGGCCGUAGCGUCGGCGGUCAACUCUUGGCUCGCCGAGGGAGGCCUUCGCGAGUAUGCAGACAAUUUCGCGGGCGUGUCUCCCGACGCGUUUCGGCGGCUCCUGAUGCAGGACUACGGCAAAUACGGCAUCACCACGGUCGAGGACAAGCAGAAGCUGUUCCGUCUGAUCAAGGCCAUCAACAAGGAGCAGGGCCAGGGCAUCCUGGCGGCCGCGCUGCACCCGGACGGGCCGCAGGGCGCCAACGGCGCUGACAUCGACGGGGGCGCGCAGCUGCUCGACCUCGACGCCCACCCCAACGAACUCAUCGACGGCGUCGCGGACAACGGCGCCCACGCCGCCCACGCCCACCGGCCAGUUGAGGACGCCAAGAUCCGCGUCGUCGUGCGCCGGCGACCCAUGAACCAGAAGGAGAUGGAACGGGGCGAGGACGACGUCCUGGAGACGGACCCCGAGAGGGGAAUUUUGCACGUCAACGAGCCGAAGGUCAAGGUCGACCUCACGCGCGUUGUCGAGCGCCACCAGUUCGUGUUCGACGAGGUCCUCGACCCCAGCGUGACGAACGAGGAGGUCUACAUGAAGACGGUGCAGCCGCUGGUGACGUCGCUCUUCCAGCGCGGCAUGUCGACGUGCUUCGCGUACGGCCAGACGGGGUCCGGGAAGACCUUCACGAUGCAGCCGCUGCCGAUCCGCGCGACGGAGGAGGUGGUGCAGCGCAUGCGCGCCGACCCGUCCACGGACGGCAAGGACCUGUGGGUGUCCUACUUCGAGAUCUACGGCGGCAAGGUGUUCGACCUGCUCAACGGGCGGCAGCGCCUCGUGAUGCGCGAGGACGGGAAGAAGAAGGUGAACAUCGUGGGGCUGCAGGAGUACCCGAUCACGUCCCCGGGGGAGAUCAUCCAGCUGCUCGACCACGGGAACGCGGCGCGGUCGACGGGGUCGACGGGCGCGAACGCGGACUCGUCGCGGUCGCACGCGAUCCUGCAGCUCGCGCUCAAGGAGCGCCAGCCCGACGGCACGGGCGGGAAGCUGCACGGGAAGAUCAGCUUCAUCGACCUGGCGGGGUCGGAGCGCGGCGCGGACACGUACGAGAACGACAAGCAGACGCGGAUCGAGGGCGCGGAGAUCAACAAGUCGCUGCUCGCGCUCAAGGAGUGCAUCCGCGCGCUCGACUCCAACGCGCGGCACCUGCCGUUCCGCGGGUCGAAGCUGACCGAGGUGCUGCGGGACAGCUUCGUGGGGUCGCGCGCGCGCACGGUGAUGAUCUGCUGCGUGUCGCCCGGGUCGGGGUCGUGCGAGCACUCGCUCAACACGCUGCGGUACGCCGACCGCGUCAAGGAGCUGCGGAAGGACGCCAAGGAGCGCACGCCGUCGCUGGUCACGCCGGGCGGGCCGACGGCGGCCGCGGUGAGCCGCGCGCCCUCCGGGAACGUGCGCGUGCCCACCGGGCGCAACCGCGACGCCACGCCGACGCGCCCGCGGACCCCGCGCGCGUCCGGCGGCGCCAUCAACUUCCCGACCCGCAUCUCGCAGGACCCGCGCGGGGGCGGCCUGCGCGGCGCGACGCCCCCGCCGAGCCCCCCGCGCAACGCGACGCCGGGCCGCCGCACCUCACGCGCGCGCGGUCGCCCAUGGCGCGCGCCGCGACCCCCCCGCGCACGCCGACGCGCCGCUCCAACCCGGGCUCGCGCCAGCCGUCGGGGCCCAUCACGCGCGCGGCCGCCGCGGCGAGCAACGCCAACGCCCCUGCCGGCGCCCCGCCAGCGAUCGCGUCGAGCCUGA